CCGGAACGGAGCGAAAUUCAAAUAACAUCCGUUUGUCUCUAAUGGCUUAUUUUACCAGAUUAACUCAACUUGCUGCACAAAUUUACAGGAAAUGAGCAAAACAGUAAGAAUUAUUUCCCAGAACAUCAUCUAAAAUAUGUAAUAACUUGUAUUAUACACUUGGUUUCUAUCACUUUAAUGCCAUGGAGGAAGUGAUUGGAAAAUAUGACAGCGGCAUUGAUGCCAGUACUUUAACAUAUGAUAUAAGUUCUAUGACCCUGAACUCAUUUGAUUCAAGUUUUAGUUCGAUUGAUGUACUGAACAGAGCGCGGAUUGAUAGUAUAGAUGAUGAUCCCAGUAUAAAAGAUGACUUGAAUGAAGCUCAAUUUCUUGAUACCACUGGUUUAUCGCUUGAUGAUAGCAACUUUCAUGAGAGACACAUUAAUUUUUCAGUCACAUUAACAAACACACCGAUACAUAACAAAGAAAACAUUUACAAUAGUCAGCCUGUAACAUCAGUGAUUGUAGCAGAUGUUCAGAAUGUACAGAGGGGUCUAAAUGGAAGAAAACUCCAUACUGGUAACAGGAAUGAAGUUCCCCGAGCUGACAGGGAAUGUAAGGCCAAGGCCAAACCUUUAUCUCCAAGUAAAGAUAUCCAGAAUUCAUCGGCUAAUGCAAAUCAUGUUUGCAACAGACCAAAGAAAGGCUCUUACAGAAAGCAAAUGGCUUGUAACGCUAAGGUAUCACCUCCAAAAUCACAGAAAAUGGCAUGUAAAGAUUACUGUCAAUCUCAAUUCAAUUCAACACCAAAAAAAUCCAAACAGCUUUCAUUGGAAGCACAAAAUAAAAUACAGAAUAAAAACUUGAAGAAUAACUUCCAAAGUUCAACUGCUUCGAGCAAGUCUAAGCCAAACCAAAAAUCUGUGAAGUCAAAGUCGAACAAUGAAUAUAUAGUUUAUUCUAACGAUGAACAAGAUGACACUUUGGAAGAGUCAGACACUUCAAUCUAUGUUACACCACUACAAACUCCUUCUAAACUUGAUACAGAAACUUCCAGUCCAUGUUCUAGGUUGUCUGGUGAAGAGAUACUGAAUAGCUCUAACAUCACUGUCAGGUCUCCAUCUCCCUACAAAAUACUAAGUCCAAAUAUUACAGUUCGAUCAAAUCGGCAGACCUGCUCCCCCAUGUUGGCCGCUAGUAGUUCAAGUGAUGUGGAUGGAUCGGAAUAUCCGCUUCCCCACCCACACCAUUGUAAGACUUAUUUUUCACCCAUAUUAGAUGAUUCAGCAAUAGUUGAGGCUUCCUGUUCUGGGAGAAAAUAUAGAAGCCCACCCAAACGCUUGAACUUAGAGGCUGACCAUCAAGCAGAUGAUACUUGUUAUAAGAAGGAGACAGUCAAACAUUUGUUUACAGAUGCCAAGGAAGCCCACGAUUGGAAUUCUAUAGCAGUAUAUGACCACUCACCUCUUGCUAAUAUGCUCGAGAACCUCUUUGAACAUUCUGGCUCCUCAUAUUUGCUAUCACCAAAAUAUGAAUCAAGUGAGCAUACUUAUGCUGAAUUUCAGGACUUUCUGAGAAAACUUGAAGGUACAAAUAAGAUCAAUAGUAAUAAGUCAGUCUGCGAUGAACAUUCUUCUCUGAGAAGUAGUCCACUGUUGUCACCAUUGUGCUGUGAUUCUCGACCACCUGAUCAGCUGUCAGAAGCUGAGUUAGAUGAAAUUACCUGGAUUCAUACAACAUGCAAUGGACAACAGGUGGCCCCUCGUGUUCAGAUUGGCCAAUCAUUUGAAGAAUUUACUGUCUUUCCUCCUCCCAGAACACCUCGUCAUCUGAAAUGGAACAAACAUCUUGAACAAGACUGUGACUCUGUUGAGAAACAGCGACCGAAUUGCAGCACCCCUUUAAAACCAAUUUUACGGAAACGACCUCAGGAUCAUGUUUUCCCUUAUAAUGGAGAUAAUCCUUCUCCGUACAUAAUUACAAAGACCAGGCAAGUCAAUUCAUUGGUGUAAGAAGAAGAAGAAGAAGAAAUAAAAAGAUCAAGUAUUGCUAUGUUCCUGUGGUAUACUGGACCAUGUUAAAUUUCUAUGUUAAAUCAGGUCAAAGUGAAAAUAAGCACUUGGAUUAAUACUGGAGUAAUACUAUUUUCCUACAAAAACCACAGUUGGUUGAGGAAAAUAAAAUGCUUUUACAUACAUUUAGAAAUUAUUUUCUCAAGUGUUACACAAAAACAAGAAUAACUCUGACAUUUUCCCCUUAAUUUUUAUUUAUUUAUUAUUUUGCAUUCAAUAAGUUUUAAGAUAACUAUUUAAGACACUGAAGUAAAUACUUGUAGCUUUUGUUGAUUUUUUCUUACUAUUUCUUUCAAUAUUUCCUCGAGUUAUUCUUAUUUUCAAGGCUAGCAGUUUCUCUAAAGUUUAUUCAAUGUUCCUUCUGUGAUCUGACUUUCCUGAUUUUGUCUUAGUGUCUUUGGUGAUUAUAUGACAUUUCUCUUACCUGGGAAUAUGUAACUGCACAAAAUGUACUGUUUUGUGAGUAGAAAAUGAACUACUUUUGUUUCUCUGUUUUUGCAAAUGCUUUUCUGAAUUGAGAUAAAAAAUACAUUCCAAAAUAUUUAAUUUCAUCAUUAUUUCUCAGAUUAAAGGUAGCGAGCUGGCAGAAUCGUCAGCAUGUCAGACAAAGCUCUUAGUGGCAUUCUUUCGGCUCUGAUUUCAAAUGCUGCCAAGGUUGACUUGGCUUGUCUUCCUUUUGGGAUUGAUGAAAUAAGUAUCAGUUGAGCACUGGGGUUGAUGUAAUCAACUGGCUCUCUCCCUCAAAGUUUUAGGCCAUGUGCCUGGGAAAGAAAUAUUAUUUCUAAUAUUUUAUAGGCUUAUAUAUUUAUUUCCAAAACUUUCUUUUUGUUUGUUUUUACUAAUCACAGUUUAUGAAAAUUUUAGCUUUAAAAUGAUAUUUUGUAGAUAAAAUUAAAGAUUUAUUUUCUACUUUUAGAAUUUUUAUUUAUCAUAAAUGUUUUUGUUCAUAUUUAGUCUCUUGUCUCUUCUGAAUGUGAAGCAAAGUAAUUUAAUUUAAAAAUCAAAUGAAAAUAUCUUUGUUUUUGACAAAAAGUUUAUCAGUCAAGAUUCUUAAAAAAAAAAAGUUUAAAAAUAAGCAAAAAUUCAUGUUCCCAUCUCUUAUUUCUCCAGAAGCAAGUUAUGGUAUUGCAUAAGUGACAUUUUGAAAGUAAUUCCAUCUCCCCGCACCAAAUUGUUUUGUUGGUAUAACAUCCUUGUCUGAUUCCCAAGUUUGACAUUUUUUUUUUAAUCCACUAAAACAGUAUAGUUAUCAAGUUUCUUUAAUAACCUCUCUUUAUAUAGAUGCUUGUGUCUGAAAUUAAUUGGAACUUUUCUUUUAAAAAAAAAAAUUGAAGGAAGUGGGUUUGAUUGAUUUGAAAUGUUUGAAGCUGUGUCCUUUUACAGGAAGAUGGUUUUAUGAGUGCUAUUUUAGACUGUAAUUCAGUUCAUUCACCAGAAAUUUUAAAGUUAGCUUCUUGUGAAUUUGUGAAACCUAUUUCAGUUGCUGUUAUCUUAGAAGUGAAAUGCCUUAACUGAAUUUUUCAGUAGUGAGUAAAUUAAACUUUCACUAAAUGAUACCAUGUUGCAGCUACCUCAGCAGUUAAGCAGCAUCUAACAUUGUGUUAAUGCUUAAAUGUCAUUAUACUUACGAGACUAAUGAUGUAGUUGCAGGUUACUCUAUUAGAACAUGCUUAUUUAUUUGGUUUUGCAAACUUAAGUACAAUGUUGGGAACCUACUUGUUGCAGAUUAGCUUGUUUUUUUUUCUAGUCAUCUUCCAGUUUCAUAGUCUAUUUAUCAGUGUUUGUGUUCUUUAAUCAUUGUUAUUGUAUAAAAGUUUUAUGGUGCUCGAAAAGUGAUUGGUUAUUGUAUUCAUUUGUCAGUGGGUACUCUUUGAAAUGUCGAUGUUUUCAAUAUGUAUUGUGUAUGGACAAUCAUUAACUCCCAUUUGUUUUCAAGCAGAUUAAGUAGGUUUAGCCUAAUGUAAUUAUCAAUGUAAUUCAAAUAAUAAAAAAAAACAAAAGAAAAUUGCCAUAGGAGUUAACUUCUCACUUCUGCAAACCUCAAGUCUCCCCUUUAUAUACAACUUUAUUGAAAUGUUGGUGUCUUCUUUCUUUGUCUUGUCACACACACGCACAUGUAUAUGCAUGCACACACACUCAGAAAAUAUUGGUUUUGAAAGUCUAACUUUUUUUUUUUUUUUGAAAGAUAGUGUUGUCUUUUUCACAGUAAUAUUAAAUGCAUUUUUUAUGCCUUCAUUAAGGCAAUGAUUAACGAUCUUCUCAAACCAUUGAUGCUUCUUUAUGUUAAUGAAUGGUUGAACAUCAGUCAGUACAAGCAGUAGUUUGCUAGUUUAAUUAAUGAUGGCACUAUCUUUUUUUUUAACCAUUUGCAAUGCAACAUUUAUACAUACUUUGUUUGAGAAAUGGUAAAAGUAAAUAGGAAAUUUACUUGACUAGUAGGUUGUUUGGAUUUUGAAGUAGAGGAAAUCCAAAGUUAAUCUAGUUAAGAUAUUUUCAAUCUGUGAGAAGAGCUGAAGUCUCAAAAAUAAAUAAAAUUAUUUAAAAAAAAAAAAUUAAAUUUUAUAAAAAUAUGUAUAAUUCUGUUAUUCUGGUCUUGGAUUAGUAGUGAUGGAGGAGGCUUGUUGAACAAGGUUCAGGUAUUAAAUUCUUGUAAACUUUUUUUUUAAGGUAGUGAACAAGCAGAAUUGUUAGCAUCUCGGACAAAAUGCCUAGUGACCUUUCAUCUGGCUCUUUGUUCUCUAUUAAAAUUUUACUGAGGCUGACUAUGCUUUUCAUCCUUUUAAGGGUUGAUAAAAUACCAGUUGAGUACUGGGGUUGGAUUGAUGUAAUCGACUUAACCUUUGCCCCUAAAAUUAGUGAAACAAUUACUGAAAUUUGAAACCAUUACCUUCUUCAACAUGUUAUUUUGUGGUGCUUUCUUUAGGUACCAUUUGUAAAUAAGUCUUUGUUAUAUAAGUUUUGUUCAUUUUUUGUUUAUUACUGGCUACAAUAGGAUCAUGUUAAAUUUUUGUACCAUUUAUGAAAUAGAUGUAAAUGUAUAUAUAUAUGUAUAUAUAUAUGACUGUUAUUUCCUUUCCAAACACAUUGGUUGUGAUUUUCUUUUGCACAUGAAAGAAAAAAAAAAACUGUCACUAAAGAAAGUGAUGAUUUUUGUUGUUUUUCUUCAAAAAUUCUUUAUUUCAUGGGACUUGAUUGAAUUGUUAGAAUUUCACACUUUUUGUAUUAAAAUAAUUUUGACAGUGUAAUAUCUAGACAUUCUUCAAUAUCUUCCCCCAACUUCUGUUUUGUACUAAUUUUUAUUAUUUUCCUUAGCAUAACUAUCAAUACUAUUUUUUUAUUUUAUUUUCCAUCACUACAUUAUAAAUGACCCUCCCAAAAUAGUUACUAGUAUUCCCCACUGACAUUGUUAUUUCAUUUCUUUAUCACUUGAAAAGAACUAAUCUUAAAAGCCAUCCAGUUGUGUUCAGCUUCAGUUUCUUCUAUAUGAUAGUUUAAUUCUCACAGAAGGUUGUUCAUAGGGAUAUAGUAAGGAUCAGAUUUGGAGUUAUUUUCCCUCAUACCAGAAUGCUUGAAUUAACCUUUCUGUUGCCAUAUUUAACUGCUUUGUUUCAAUGAAUUUUGAAAACAGUGAAGAAUCUUGUAAAAGACCUUAGUCAUUAAAAGCGUUUAGAACCAUCUUGUCAUUAUGAUGGAAGGUUUUUAGAUCACUCUUAAUCUAGAAGUUCGUGUUGUAGAACAGGUGGUUUUAGGCUAAUUGGUAUUAAGAGGGUUAAAAUAAUCUUGACAGAAGGCUUUUGUUUACACACGCAUAAAACUUAGGUUGUUUGGCUUCUGUUCAAACCUGGUAAAUAGUCCUUGAGAUCUGCCUUGACCAUCUUAUUUCAUUUUUAGACAUAGCGUAUCUAUAUCAAGAACUACAUUACAUAAUGUAGUUUUAUUUUAUUUUUUUUGAAGGUGGUUGUGUGUAAUUUUAAGGAAAUUUGCCUGCUAUUUCUAGCAAACCAUGUUGAUGCAAACAGGCUAUGUUGUUAGCCUUUAGGUAGCAGCUGUUAUUUUCUAUUUGCUUACCCUUAGAAAGUAUGAAAAGGGUUUAUAUUUUCUUUAAACCUUGCUUUUGUUACAUUUAUUCAAACCCCAAAGAAUCCUUCUCAGUACACAGCUAUGAUGUCCCCCACUACUCCUGAUCAGGGAUACACAUAUUGUCAACCACUAAGGGACAUGCUCAACUGGUUGUGGUCAAGCAGAUCUGUGGUAUUGAGCAGAACAUUUGCUAUAACGUUAUUUCUGCCUCAGCAACUCAGUGUUGAAUCUGUUUGAAAUGUAAUGGAAAAUAGGUCAGUUUCAAAACAUUGACGUCCAAGUCAGGAAAGCAAAGGUUGAAGGAAAUAGUAAUUUCCUUUGAGUUCUAGAUAGAAACAAGUACAAAAUAACACUGACCAAAGACAAAAACAAAAAAAUUGUUACACAAUGUAAGCCAACAUCUAGUUGUAAUACUGUACUAGAGAUAGGAUGUUGGCUGUUAGUGAGCCAGAGUUUACAUCUUAGUUUUGAUUCUUGGCUGUGUGUACUUCUAUUUUACUUCUGUCACUAGUGGCCUUGGGAAAUGCACAAUAUAUCACACAUUUUGUAUCUUAUAUAGGGCUUGCUAAUAUAUACCUUUUAUAUACAGAAUUUCAAACAAUUAGUGUCUUAACUAUAUUUUUACCUUACAGUUUAAAGCUUAUACCAAAAGUGUACUUAGAAUAGUCUUUGAAUUGGACGUCUUUAUUUACAGCUUUAGGUUAAUUAGGUGAAGUUCUGUUUACUUAAAUAUGUAUCAAUUCUGUUUUCUUGAUCAGGGCCAAAUUCUAAACAUUUUUUGUUUUCAUUUCCCUUUAACUUUAAUUUCUCAAAUUGUGAAUUUAACUAUUGUUUUCUUCCCUCUUCAAGUUGCUUGGAACUCUUCAGCCAAAAUACUUAGCUGCAUUAUUCUGGCUUGAUGAUGCUGCCAUGGUCAACUUUUCCUUUCAUCUUUCCAGGGUUGAUGAAAUAAGCACCAGAUGAGCACUGGGGUGGGGGGACGAUGUAACUGACUAGCCCCCUUUCUCUGAAUUACAGGCCUUGUGCCUAUAGAAAGGAAUAAGAUUGGCAACAAACUCAUAGAAUUGUUACUGUGCCACACAAAAUGCUUACCAGUAUUUCUCUCAGCUUUACAUUUCGAGCUCAAAUUUUGUCAAGGUUGACAUUGCCUUUUGUGGUUGAUGAAAUAAGCAUCGGUUUGGCACUGGGUCAAUGUAAUCAGCAAGCCCAUUCUCCCAAAUUUCAGGUCUUGUGCCAAUGGUAGAAAGAAUAAUUAUUAUUAGAUGUAGAACCAACAUAAAUCUGUUAUUAAUACCCAAGUAAAUCUUUGCUAUAUUAUACAGUGUUGUUAUCGAUAACUUUCUAAUCAGAGUAUACAGUUAUAAUCUUGAAUGCUGUUAAAUUAUGAACAAAACUAGCAGCAUUUUCCAUUUAUCUUCAUAAUCCUGUCAAAUUGUGAUAAAUAUGUCACCAUUAAUUUAUUGAUUUUUGUUAUUUAUUUUUUUUUCUACCCUGCACAUUCACUUUGGUGAAUUUUCAAUAGCUAUU